GUGACCGCCGUGACACACUCUGGGCUCGGAUCCUGCACAAGAGACAACUUUCCUAGCACCGGUAUGCCAGUACCAUGACGGUACCCAUGAAGGUAUCACGUGCGUUCUGGUGCAUUAGUUGGUGCUAGUGCAGAAUGUGAUUCUGGAAGGACAAUUUUGGAUAUUCUUCUUGUUUUCUCAGGCUAUGGAAUUCAGACUAGAUGCAUCAUGCCUGUUAGGACGAACGGUAGUUAUUCCAGGUGGUCGUGAUAAAGAAGAACGCCCUCUGUUGUUAGUCACGAUUCCAGCUGACUCUCCUCCACUCGAUAUAGUCCUUUCGCUUCAAUACCUACUUUCCCUUUUCAGCAAAACAAGUCGAACGAAAGGCAUAACUGUAAUAAUAGACGCAAGGAAAGGACCUUGGAAAGUGGCUAGAUCGUGUAUUCGUCAAGUCUGUACAGUUUGCGGUACGGAAGAAUUGGCGCAGCUGAUAGUGCUGAGACCGGAUGCUUUUUGGGAUAAGCAAAGAGUGGAAAACUGUACUUCUUCACAUAAGGACAACCAGGUUAUUUUCAUUCCAAGAUCUCGAUUAACGAAAUUUGUGGACUUGUCCCAGCUUCCCACUGAAGUUGGUGGUAAUUUCGUUUAUAAUCAUGAAAAAUGGAUUGCAACCAGACAGAAAGUUGAGGAAUUCUACAGCGACUGCGAGCUAACCUUAAAAGAACUGGAUGAACUUUAUCAGUACGUAUUGAGAAGUAAAGCACUGCGACCUAGUCAAGUCGAGGAUGUCAUAAAUACGAGCUCCGAUAUGGCAGAAUCGACAAGAAUGCUUGUGCACAAUGCCAUGGAAACAGGUAGAGAGUUGGUCCAAAAUAUAGAAUACGACAAUAGAACCCGGAAGCUAGCAGCAGAAGAAUUCGAACUAAUGUCUACUCCCCAGGACACCCUGGACACGAUCGAAAGAAUUGACGAAAUUAUUGACGGGGUAAAACGGAAGCAACAGGAAAUCGAAACAGCGUGGGUCAAAAUGGAGAAGAGCUUUAUAGAUACCAAAGACUUAAGUCAGCUAGAGGAAGGAGUUGUUAAAGUUAUCAAUUGGAUUCUGGGACCUGCGGAAAAUUUGCUCAAUUCCAAACAGAAGGUGGGCUACGACGUUUCUUCAGCAGAGGAACUGAGGAGAGAACACGAAGGUAUCGAGUUACAAUGCUGGGAAACUUACGGAGCCUAUGCUGAACUGAUUCAUAAGAUUAACAGCUUCACGAACAACGAGAACUUAUCAGUACAACACAAAGACUUGAUUUCCCAAAAAGACUUUAUGGAUUUCGUGUGUAAAAGUUUUGCGUUGAGGCUCGAAAGAAGGAGAAAUAUCCUCAUAACUUCUUUGAGGUUCUUCAGGCUAGUUUCCGAAUACUUUGACAGAACUGGCGAAGUGUUCGACUGUUUGGUAAUGGGAAGCAAUGUGGCGGAUUUUAAGUCGGCGGGGAUGAAGCUGAAAGAGUUGCAGGAGAGUCAAACAAAUUUAGAUGCUGUUGAAAGAGAGCUAGUUAAAGAGGGAGAGAAACUCUCAGACAUGCUCUCGAUGCCAGUUAAGGACUCCUUGGGCAGGGAAAUAACCGUGGACUAUUCAGAAGACAUAGUGAAUAUUAGAGACAUAUUGGACGCCACCACUGCCAGGAAAAACAUAUUUUCUGAUAGCGUAGAACUACAAAAAGUUACAUUGGAGCAAGUAACUCACAUAGACAGUUAUGAGAAGGAUGUAACCCAGGCGAUUCAGUGGUUGGACGAUCUUCUACAAGUGAUGUUGAAGGAUCAUGGCCAUGUUGGUUGCACUGUUAACGAAAUUCAAAGGCAAAAGGAAGAGCAUCAGAGUUUCCAGGAAACCGCUAAGGGUACCUACAACUACGGAUGCCAGCUUUUGAACGCCUCCCUAGUCUUACGACAGUCAUGUAAGUUACCACUGGAUGACCACGCUAACCUCUACCAGAAACUCAGGACAUCGUGGCAACGGUUGUUGGGCGUGAGCCAAGAACAAAUGACCAGACUGAGAGUAUCUGCAGUCUUUCAUAGAUCCGUGGAAGAACAAUGCAACCAGUUGAGGGAUCUUAGAGAGGCUGUGGCGACAAUUCCUUUGAUGGAUUUGGCGAGGAAGAAAGAAAGAGUUAAUUAUUAUUUUAGUCUGAGGGAAAAAUUGAUAGUUGAAGUUGGGAGGAUGGUGAGGCUGGGAAGGCUUCUCAGGAGUAGACUGAAGGAUCCGCUUUAUUAUGGCGAGAAGCUCCUUAGUUCGUUUGCGACCGGCGACGGUGAAGACCUCGAAGAGCUGUGCGAUUCCAUAGCAAAUAAUGAAAUAGCUGUUGAAGCGAUCUCAGAAAGGCUGACUGAAGUGACGGGCUUAGCCGAAGAACUGGAUCAAGCUCUACACAGUGCACAACAAGACUGUUUGGUGUUUUCGACGGCCUCAACGUCUACUUCUUCAUUAACCGAACCUAUUAACACUAUAUCCGCUGUUUACAAAGCUAUGGAAAAUAAUCCGACUAAUCCCGAGAAGGCUACCAAAGCUGAGGAUUUAAAAUCGGACGAGGAAUUCCUGACUGCCUCGGAAUGCACUCUCCAACACUCUCGCUCGUCCUCGUACAACACCGCUUCCGAGUGCGAGCACCGCUACUCCCCCUGGUGGGAGUACGGGAAGGACGACGUCCGCGAGAACAUCUCCAAGGAGAAAAUGGUACUGGCGGUGGGCUGCCCGGAACUUCCUUUGGCCCAGGAUGUACUCAAGCCCUCGCCCGAUGUUCCUCCAGGCAAAAUCGUCCAUGAAGUUACCGAGACGACUCACAUCAAGGUCCAGCAGUCUCACACUUUGGGAGUUUCUUCUUUCGUUUUGACUUCCGAAACCGUCAGGGAUAAGAAUAAUGAGGGUGCCGUUAAGAGGGAGGAAAUUAUAAAAGUAACGGACGCGGACGGCAGGGAAGUCGUGAUCCCUUUAGGAGUCGAGCACGAUAUCGAUGAAGGAGAUCUGAUGAAGAGGAUGAAAGAGUGUGGUGAUUGGAUUAAUCUCAAGAUUUUGGAAGUGACGCCAGAGUUAACCGCAUUAGGAGACAAUCUAGCCGAAGCUUUGGAAUUACAAAAAGCUCACGAUGAAGUUCUGCGUCAAUUACAAAAUAAACAGAGCCCCGUGGAGGAACUCCUGCGCCAAGCGGACCAACUCAUUGCCACGCAAAAACCCAGAGCCGAAGUGUACGCGGCCAUGGCAGAGUCCCUCGGAAGGGCCUGGAAGGACAUCAAUUCUACACUCGAACUCCGAAAGCAAAUCCUAGACUUAAACGUGCAAUACCACACCAAAGCCCAGGAAUUCUUCGAAAAGAUGGACGCCCUCGAAGCGUCUUGCACGGAUACGGUCUUACCGAUAGAGAUAGGAGCGGUAAAGGGUUUCCUCACGACCAUACACGAGCUGAGAAGGGCCCUGUUGGAGUCCCUGAUGGGUGCUCUGCAGGCCGGGAAUUCUUUACUGGGAAAGCUGAAAGAACUUGGAGCCGAAGGCACACUCGACUCGAGACCCGAUCGAAUUCGAAGUUCCGUAAAUCGAGCGAUAUCACAAGUACAAGGCUGGCUAGAUGAGCUUCAUCUAAAAAGGCAAAUUCUAGAAGCGACUUUCAACAGACGGAAGACUCAGCUAGAACAAUGCCUUGCUUUGGCUUUACUGGCAGCGGACUUGAGAGAUUUGGAAGAGACAGUCCAUAACCGUCGUGAGUUGUUAGCCAACAGUAAUCAAUACGGCGACUCAUCCUCGAGUGCAGAAUUAUUGUUGCACGAACACAAGAAGUUACUGCCCGAAGCGAAGCAGCUCCAAGAGAGGGCCUUAAAAAUAACCAAAGCCACGGAACAGCUGGUGGCUUCCGGGUGCUUCGCUGGGGAACAGGCCACCGCGCAAUCAUACGUCGUCCUCUCCACAACCUCCGACUAUCUCACCGAUCUGCAGAACAGGGAAUCAUUGCUUGAACGCGUAAUUGCAUUCUUCAGAUUAGCGCAAACGGUGCUUACGAAGUUAGACCAACUAGAAAUACAAUUAACUGCCACAGACUUACCGAAGACGUCGCCGCAGCUUGCCCAGCUCCACGCCCAAUGCUCCAGGGCAAUAGAAGAAGCGACAGCAGCCCCCAUAGCGGAGGGGUACGCCAUUCUGGACGUAGUAGGAAGAGGUGUACCCGGCACCGACGGCGUCAGGCGUAUGGUGGAGGAGCUAGAAAACAAGAAAAUUACUUUAGACGGUCUGUGUACCGCCCACAGAGAGGAGAACAUUAGGAUAAACACGGCUCUUAACAAUUUCUUAGAGCGACACAAUGAGAUAUAUACUUGGUUAGUAACGAUUGCGGAGGCGUUCCUGCAAGGGCAUCAAGACAUGGGUAGCGACCUACCAAUGGCUAAGGACUUUCUGGAUCUGCAUAAUCAAUUGCUUAAUGACUUGCAGACUAAGGGCAAUGAAAUUAACAGUUUGCUACUAACACUGCCGCCAGUAUUGGAGUAUUUAGAAGACAGUCAGAGGAAAGACGUAGACGCCAAAGUUGAAGAGCUUCACGAUCGCUGGAUGAAGCUGAAGAAUAUAUUAGAAAAUCGUUUGGACCUUUCCAGGAUAUACGUCAAAUUCCAUACGGAAGCUGACAUCGUUAACAAAGAAAUGGACAAAUUGGAAACGUUACUCUUGCAAAAUAGGAACAACAUUGAUGAUGAUACAAUGAGGGCACUUGAAGAGAAGUUUGAAACUAUAGUUCCCCUUUACCAGUCUGCGAAGAAUACUGGAAUAACGUUCAUUAAUGAAGCCAAGAGGGUAUCUGAACCGCAUCUCGACACGAAGCGUGCCUGCGUGUGCGUGGAGUCGGUGCUGGAACGGCUGUCGGGAAGGCAGUUAGUCGUGACGAGGAACUGGCAGACCUUCCACACGGAGGUGGUGGAGAAACGGGAGCUCCUAGUGCGCCUGCAGCAGACCAUGGCGGAGAGCACCAAGACUAUCAGCUGGGUGUCAAAAUUGGAGACCCAGUUGUACCCCGUAAUCACCACGAAUUCAACCAAACCCAGCGAACUAGCCGAUCAUCUUGAGAGCAAGCUGGUAAAUGUCGUACCUGACAUCAAGAAGGCUCAAAAUGAGGUAGAGGAGAGGAUUAAGAAUGCUGAAGGCCUAAUUUCGAAAGCCUCAAGUAGUGAUGAACAAGCACUCAACGUCAAAAAUAAGCUGUACGAAUUGAAUCAGAAGCUAAUAGAAAUCUCGUCGGAGUACCAAAUUUUGUUACAAGUUCUUAUAGGCUACUUCAGAAAUCUCGAGGAAAUAGACAAAAAGGCUGAUGACGUGAACUCUGAAUUGGAAAAGACUGGAUACCCUAAAGAUGUUGCUGCAGUGGAAUCAAUCAUAAGAGAUCAUGAAUCUAGUAGGCAAACCAUUGUUGAAAGGUUGAGGUUUGCUCAAUCGGAAUGCGAUCAGAUUGCCGAAAGAAUUAAAAAACAGGAGCCGGAAGCAGCAGCGGAGCAAGAUAUUAAUAAAUUGCAACACGUUUUAGAGUUGCGCAGGGGCGAAUUCGAAAGUCAGUGGCGUCAGAGACAAGACUCCUUGGAAUCUCACAAACAGAUCUGCGUUUUUGACAGCCAACUCCAACAAAUCUACGAAUCAGUGGAAGACGUUGGUCGUCAAAUUAAAGACCUUAAGGGUCAAUAUGGGGAUUCCAUUUCCACAGCCAAGGCUACAUCGCAAGCGUUUGGCUACUUUGAAAAAACUAUCGAGACUUUGGAGCAGCGAGUACAGACAUUCGUAAAUAGCGGCGAAAAAUUGUUGGCCGAACGCCAUCCUCAAUCGCCUCACAUUCAGAGCCAAAUUUCAGAUUUGCAGGAUAGAUGGAAUAACUUGAAGAAGCAGGCGCAGAGCACCAGGGAACUGAUAGACCUCAGUAUACCUUACUUCCAAUUAGUAGAAGAGGCCGAUGACUGGUUCAAAGAGGGAAGCAAGCUGUUAGUAACGAUAGCCAGAAAAUCAACAUCAAUAAAACGCCCAGAGGAAGCGGAAGAAUUAUUGAGUGAAAUAUCAAAUUUCCUUACAACAGGCGAAGAUAAACAGGACGAAAGAAUUGAGAAGAUAUCGGAAAUAGAGACACAGCUUUACGGACCGGAUCAGUCUCAGCAAGCACCAGUGAUCCAAGGAAAUAAAGAAAUGAUCGAAUCCUUCUCUUCCAUAAAGCUAGAACUAGAAACUUUAGCUCAAAACUUACGAGCUGCAGAAGAGGAGCGACUCCGAUUACAACGGGAAGAAGAAGCCAGAAAGGCUGAAGAAGCAAGGCUAGCUGAAGAAGCAAGAAAGGCUGAGGAGGCUAGAUUAGCUGAGGAGAAACGAAAAGCCGAAGAAGCCAGACUGGCGGAAGAAAGGAGAAAGGCUGAAGAAGCCAGGAUUGCUGAGGAAAAGAGAAAAGCCGAGGAGGCUAGAUUAGCAGAAGAAGCUCGGUUAGCAGAAGAGAGGCGAAAAGCUGAGGAGGCAAGAUUAGCUGAGGAAGCUCGUAUUGCCGAAGAGAAACGAAAGUUAGAAGAAGCUAGAAUUCUUGAAGAAAAACGAAAAGCAGAGGAAGCCAGAAUUGCUGAGGAGAAGAGGAAAGCUGAGGAAGCCAGAAUCGCCGAAGAAAAGAGGAAAGCGGAAGAAGCAAGAGUUGCUGAAGAAAAGAGAAAGGCUGAGGAAGCUAGAAUCGCAGAAGAAAAGCGAAAGGCAGAAGAGGCUAGAAUUGCGGAAGAAAAAAGAAAGGCUGAAGAAGCAAGAAUUGCGGAAGAAAAACGCAAAGCCGAAGAAGCACGCAUUGCAGAAGAAAAGAGGUUAGCCGAAGAGCGAAGAAAAGCUGAAGAACUUAGACUAGCCGAAGAAAAGAGAAAAGCUGAGGAACUAAAGCUUGCCGAGGAAAGAAGAAAGGUCGAAGAAGCCAGACAAAAGUUACAGAAAGAGGAAUCUGUUGAAAUUACCGAAAUUACGGAGAUGCAUAGAGUCGAAGUUCAAAAAACUCCAAAACAAGUACCUUCUCCAAUACCUAUUGUGGAAGAAGCGUCAGAAGCACCAGUGUUUAUUUCCCCAUUAAGUGACGCAGUGAUCCAGGAAGGGUCCAAGUUUACUUUUAUUUGUCAAGUUACUGGUUAUCCUUUACCUAUAGUAACAUGGUACAAAGCUGGUUUAUCAAUACAAAAUAAUCCAGACUAUCACACGGCCUUCGAAAACGGAUUAUGCUCUCUAACAAUAGAAGAAACAUUUGCAGAAGACUCUGCGAGAUAUACCUGCAGAGCUGUUAAUCCAGCAGGGGAAACUGAAACGACGGCACUUUUAUCGGUAAAGGAAACCGAACCUGAAGAACAGUUAAUAGCUCCCUCUUUUACGAAACUACUACAACCGUCAACAGCCAGAGAGGGGUCGCCCUUUCAGUUUGAGUGCAAAGUGGAAGGAAAUCCUCUACCCACAGUCCAGUGGUUCAAGAAUAGUGACUGCAUUGAUAAUUCUCCUGAUUAUAUUAUUACUUACAAUAAUGGUGAGGCUAUUCUAAAAUUCGAAAAAGUGUUUCUGGAGGACAAAGCAGAGUACACAUGCAAGGCGUCGAAUCAGUGCGGAACUGCCCAGAGUACUGCAAAUCUCAUCGUAACACCUUUGAAGCCCACAGAAGCACCUGCUUUCGUUGCACCUUUGUCAAAUGUAAUGGCUAGAGCAGGACAAAAGAUAAAAUUGGAAUGUGAAGUUUCUGGAUUACCCCUUCCAACGUUAACUUGGUCACACAACGGCAAACCAGUGAAGGAAACGCGCGAAUUGAAGUUGCAGUUUGAGGAUAACAAGGCGACGCUAAUAAUCUACGAGGCUUUCCCGAAAGAUGCUGGUACUUAUUUGGUAAGUGCGAAGAACAUCGCGGGGGAGGCGACCAGUUCCUGCAGCGUUUCCGUGAAAGGCCGUUUGCCAACAGAAACCUCCGACUCGGAAAUGGCAAGCGACAUGGAACCCGUAAAACCGUCCAUUCAGCUGCCUCUAACAAACACCACUGUGAACGAGGGAAACCGCGUUCGUCUCGACUGUGUCAUAGUUGGACAACCUGAACCGGAAGUGAUUUGGUACCACGACGAUAGGCCCGUGAAGGAAUCCCAAGAUUUUCAGCUGCUUUUCCAAGGCGACCGCUGUUCCUUAGUCAUCCAGGAAGCUUUGCCCGAGGACGCCGGGGAGUAUAAGGUCGUCGCGCUAAAUUCCGCAGGAGAGGCUUCUAGCAAGUGUAUGUUAAGUGUUACCCCCGUCGCGGAAUCGGACGCUGAAACUAAACCAUCAGAGGAGACAACAAAACCCGUUGGAUCCGCGCCAAAGUUCACCAAACUGUUAACGGACAUUUUAGUCUCAGAGGGAGACAAAGUUAUUUUGGAAGGAAACGUAGUUGGGGAGCCAAAACCCGAAAUUAAGUGGUUGCUGAAUAACUUACCGGUUACUGACACACAGCACUUCCAGAUUACGCACGACGACGAAGGUAACGUCAAGCUAGAAAUCGAACAGGUCCGUCCUGAAGACAAGGGAGUGUACACAGUCAAGGCGUCUAAUUCAGUCGGGGAGGCUAAGUGUUUUGCUCAGUUAAUCGUGAAGGCCUUGAAACCGGUAGAAACUGUGAAGCACGAAGAACUGAAAUUGGCACCCGAAUUCAAAGAAACGUUCUCUGAUAGAGUAGCGUUUGAAGAUACAAACACCAAAUUCGAGUGCAUUGUAACUGGAAAACCCGCGCCCAAAACUAAAUGGUUAUUUAACGGUGACGCAAUAUCUGGAAAGGACUUUUUAAUAUCUACGUCUGGAGACCGUCAAGUUUUAUCCAUUCCUACUCUGAAGAAAGAACAUUCCGGUACAAUUACGUGCGUUGCCGAAAACGAAGUGGGUAAAGCUAGUUGUGCCGCAGUACUAACAGUUCAGCCCCCAUCAGCAGUAACAGCGCCCGAUUUUGAGAUUAAAGUAUCUCCAGUUCCCAUCAUGUCUCCAUUUGAGCCCUUGAAGACUGAAAAAACUCGACAUAUCGAAACGUCUUAUAUUGUUAAUAGAGAAGUAGUUACUCAAACGUCCUCAUCUCAAGCAAGUAAAAUAACAUCUUCAGAAUCCGCCGAACCUCACGUCGAAGAACAUAAAAUAACGUCACAAAACGCUCAAUCGUUUAAGCAGGUAAAUCAAGAAGCUCCACAAAUUAAAGAAAGUCACAGAACUGAAGAAUAUCACAAAAUUGGAAAGGAGCCUCCUGUGAUCCAUGAGAAGUCUUCUACUACUUACUCCAUAGGAGAACAGAGAGACAUACAGAGUCAGAGCAAAUCGUCGGAACAACUGGAAAUAAUUCAAAAGCCGUUAUUACGAAUUAGACCGCCAAGAUUUGUAACACCAGUGAUCGGAAAAAUCGUCGAUCAAAAUGUAGAUCUUGUCCUGGAAGGGAUAUUGGAUGGACAACCAACGCCACAGAUAAGUUGGACCAAGAACGGAGAGGAGCUGAAGCCGAAUGAAAAAAUAAAAAUUAAAUUUGAACACAAUCGAACCUCAGUAGAAAUUAAAAACGCUACUAUAGAGGACGCCGGUCGAUAUUCCUGCACUGCUGUAAAUGAAGGUGGAACCGCUGUUAGUACCGCAGAUUUAGUUGUACGAAAAACUAUAUUCCCCCCUGUUUUUGGACGACGUUUGCAAGCCCAAGUUAUUAAAAAAGGGGACAGAGUGAAUUUGGAGGUUGAAAUUACCGGUACGCCCGAACCAACGGUUACUUGGUUUAAAGAUGGAAUUCCAGUAGCAGAAAGUCUAAAAGACAACUACAAAAUAAAGUCUAUGGGCGCCUCUCACACUCUGGUCAUAGAUAAAGCUGAAUUAAAUCAUACCGGUAGAUUUAUGGUUAGAGCUGUAAAUUCUGGAGGUGAAGCACAGAGCAUAGCUGAUAUUGCAGUUUUCGAACCCACACCAGACACCAUGGUAGAAGUAGUAAAGACUGUAGUUUUUGAAGACGUCCGCAAGCACGAGACACUGACUUCAGCUGCAGAUAAGGUGUCAUCAACAAUUACUACGCAGAAACCUGUACCCGUACCUGUGCCUGUACCAGAACCCCCCAAAAUCGAAAAACCAGUUUCAGCCCUUUCUUCCACUCAAAUGUCCCAAUCUAUGUCCUCCAAGUCUGAAAUUACAUCCACAACUGAACAAAAAAUGUCGCACGAGUACCAGAAAUUCAAAUUAGAACACACCAUGCCAGACGUACCUUUGCCGAAACCUGUAGACACAAAGGAAAGAAUAAUAGAACGCCAUAUUGAUUUUGAAAUAUGUCACCCUGCGGAAACCAUUGAGCAACAAACGACAGAGGAGAAAAAAUCUGAGAUUCAAGAAACUGGUAUCGAAACCAGUUCAAUUUCGAAGCAAUCGUCACUUCAAUAUUUCGUCCAAAAAAUAAAGGGAGGUGACACCACUACUACCAUACAAAAAGAAGUGAGCGUUCCAGAACCCAUUAAACCGGAAAUUUAUCAGAAAUUCGAAACGGCGUCCCAAGAAACCCACAAGGAAACCGAAAUACCCGUAAAAGUCCAAGAAAAGGUAGUUCCGUCACUUCCCCCAAAACCAGUAUCAGCACCGCAAACGGUUCAAGAAUACAAAUCAUUCUCUCAGCAAAUCUCGCAGCCGGUAACUCAAGAAUACAAAUCUUUCUCUCAAAAGAUUACAAAGGAAUAUUCUAGCCAACCUCAGACACAAGACUAUAGAUCAUUCUCUUCUACACAACAAAUUAUUCAGCCUCAAGAAUAUAAGACAUAUUCUGCCCAGCAGAUAAGUCAGGAAUUGGAAUUGAAACCUGAACCUCCGGCUGAAAUCUGCUACGCUCCUAAACCAGAGGUUACUACACAAAGGGAACUUGUGUCUGAAAAAGUAAAACGUAUUUCAGAAACGCAUAAAGAGGUGCCGAAAUACAAAGUUCCUCCUGUUGAACCGCCACAAGCACCAACGUGGACACCACCUCCUCCGAAAAGUUUCGAAGAAAAAAAGGAGUUUUCACAAACUCAACAGUCGUAUCAGCAAUCUUCUUAUCAGACCUCGUCCUCAUCUUACAGUCAUUCAUUUGAGAGCAGCACAAAACCUGUAUCGCCUAAACCAACCUAUGAAAAAGUUUGGACGCCGAAAUCUGAUUUGGAAAGGCCCGCUUCAGUUGCAUCUUCCGCUUAUUCCACGUCAGAUAAGCAAUAUUACAGUAGACCUAUAUCUGCUCAGUCCGGUUUACUAGAACCUUCUCAAGAAGCUUUACAAAUGGAAAAACAAUGGGCCCAUAAAUUUACAGAAACUCACUUGGAAAAAUCCUGGCCACCACCACAAAGUGAAGAGCCAAAAAUUCAGCCAUCUUGGUCGGUGCAAAGCACCCUUGAAAAAAAGUGGACUCCUGUUGAAAUGAAAACCGAGAAAUAUGUAAAAGAAACAAAAGUCACCAAAACUCCAACACAACACUACAUCGCAGAAGUAUGUAGUUUGGGAAGCAGUGUCACUGACCAAAAAAUCUCCGAUAGCUCCUUUUCAAAAAGUGAAACUUAUGAAAUGAGCGGUUCAGGAUCUAUUUUGGAGGAGAGUAAUGUUAAACCUUCUGAAAUGAAGAAAUCAUGGCCCCCAGCUUCACCAACACCGGUACAAAAAUAUGUUCCAUCUCCACCGAAACCCUUUGUUGACACUUUACCUAUUAGACCAGUUUCUGUUCAGGACAUCACAGAUGAGGUAUAUCUAGAACCAGGACCACCCCCAGAAAUAGGUUACGCAGAACCUCCAAGAGAAAGACGUCAAUCAUAUGUGGGAACUAUUGAACAAGAACUGGAAAAAAAUUUGGAACCAGCUAAAGUCCCUCCUUGCGCUGUAAGGACAAUACCACCGCCUAAAGAUUGGACUGCACCGCCGCCUCUGCCGCCAAAACAAGUUUUACCUCAAGCUCCACCAAUUCCUGCAAAGCCUUUCAAACGCUCUGAGCCUCCAAAGAAGAUUGUAGCAAUAAAAUCGACUCCGUUUGAAAAAUUCCCGGACUUGGAACCAUUCCCCUUCAGACCAGAUCCACAAAAACCAAGACCACCCAGAGUUGGUCCACCUCCGACUCCUUCAAAAUUUGUGAAAGGCAGAUUCACAGACAGCGAUUAUGAAAGUGACUUUGAGUCUGUCAGGAUUCCUCCAAAAUGGAAACCAAGCAUGAGCGACACUGAAGAACCAACUUAUAGAAGAGUAAAUGCUCCAAAAUUAAUACAUAUUGGUAGGUCCCGCUCGCAGGAGUGCGAACCACUACCUCCUUCAAAAUUCGAUCAACCUCCGCGAUUUGAAGGUCCACCGAGACCAGAAAUCGACUUCGAUGAGUUCACAAGGUCAAAAUUAACAUCACAAACUAAAAAAUUCACAAAGCAUACCAGAUUUCAAGAACCCAGAAGAGAGAUAUCUCCACCUAAAAUUAAACCAGCCUCACCUCCUGUGUAUGUUCAGCCAGCGAAGAGGCCUGACUCUCCCAAAAUAAAGCAGAAGGUUGUUUUGGACGGAUAUAUGGCUGACACUGAUGAACCUUUCAGGCAGCAGAAGAUUGUUACGUCGGAGUACUCCAAAGAAGAGAGGUCCGAGUAUAAACAUAUUUCAAAAUCUAGCAUCGAAAGCUCCCAAAAAUUCAUUACCUCCAAACCUCGCGUUUCUAAAUUCCCAGUCAAGAAACAUCAUUCUUCAUCUGUUUCUUCAUCAAAGAAGGAACUAAUUGCUACCCCCAUAAUUACAAGUCAAACGUCUGAGCAAAUUCAUGAACAACAAGAGAGGCACGUUCAAUUAGAACAGUUUCCAUUUAAACCUGAACCUUCUAGACCCAAAAAAUCCAAAGGCCCACCACCUCCUAGCCCCUCAAAGUUCGUGAAGGGCGAUUUCCGCGAAAGUGAUUACGAAAGUGAUUAUGAAGGAAGGAUCCCUCCCAUUUGGGGAACUGAAACUGAAAAAAGUUACAAACCAGUCCGUCCUGUACUAACUCCUAGUCAACAAUACCAACAGUACGGAAGGACUCCAACACCCCCAACUGAAUUUGAUCGACCUCCACAAGUAGACGGACCACCACGGCCAAAGUUUGAACCUAUCGAGAAGUUCAAACCCGUUGCAAAGCCUAUAGCAAAACCCGUAUUCAAGCCGAAACCGAUGGCCGCGGCUCCUGUAAUGGACUUAAUUGUUGCUAAGCCAGCGGCUCAGCCGCUGAUCCUUCAACCAGGUUCUCCCCCAGAAAUUGGAUAUUCCCCAGGACCGAAGACCACCCAGUACUAUAGAUCCACUGUUAGCGCUCCUUACCAUAACGCGAUUCAGACGGAAACUUCGAACGUAAUGCAUUUUAACGAAUCUACAGAAAACUGUCACCGAACAAUGAGCGUGCAGCAAACCCACAAAGUUAUUAAAUUCGGAGACCAAUAUAAGAAGCAGGAACAACAAUUAGAACCGUUCCCAUAUCAACCAGAACCAGAACGUUCCAGAAGAGCUACGAGCGUACCACCUCCUCCAACUCCAAGUAAAUUCUUACCCGGAGAGUUCCGAGAAAGCGACUAUGAAAGCGAGGUUGACAGCGCAAAAAUUAAACCCAAGUGGACUCCAAGAGGCACUGGGGAAGAAAACUUGCAGUAUAGAAGAGUAAGGGCGCCAGCUUCUGCCCGAUCUUCUAGUGUCCCAGCACCGACACAGCGAGUUUUAACGCCGAUGGAAUUUGAUACUCAACCACCUUUAAUGCCAUCUCAAAUUUCUACUUCUGAUGUGGUAGACAGUCAGUCAAGACGGCAUGAAUCUAUGUACAAGAAAUUUACCGAGACCAAAUCGGGUCACCAACUGGUGAAGAGAAGUUACUCUCAUGAACCCGCACUGCAUCCUGGUACUCCUCCCGAGUACGGAUACGUUGCCGACAAGAAACUAACAAAAUCCACUGCCACCAAAAUCGCUAGUCAUCAUAUGGAUAGUAUGACGCAAGCAUUCAAAUCUAAGACUCAGAAAUUUGUAAACGAUGUUAUGGGCGACAUGAGGCAACAACAGACGCAGAAGCCAAUAUUGAAGACAGCUGCAGAUGGAGAUGCCCAGGUGUACAGGGAAGAAACUCGAGCAGCUCAGUAUGGAACCAAGCAUGUAGAUCCGGACACUGGUCUAAUAUACUUUAAGUACGAUUUCGGUUACGAAUUUGGCAUAAUCUUACCGGGUGAAAGUAAACAAGGCGAAAUACCAGUGCCGAAGAAAACCGUAAUAGAGCCCCCAAAGAGAACGGUAGAUAUAGAAAUGCCGGUCUACCAUGAAAAAUCUAAGCAAGACACCAGUAACGCACCCACACCCCAAUUCAAACCAAAAAAGUUCACCCCGUCGGGCAAGCCGGCCAAAUGGGAACCGACUUCCGAAAGUGAAAUGUCCGAAUACGAGGGUGACAGGAACAGGACCAACUUACUACCAGGUUCGAGAUGGGAGCCAUCUUCAUGUAGUCCCGUGUCACUGUCGCCUAGUUUACCUAGCACUUCUCCAGCUUUUAACAGUACUUUCGCAGGUCCUGGUAGAAAAGGUGCUGAAACUCCUCCCAGUUGUCCUAGCACCCCGGGAAGUACUAUUGGAAAAGUUAUUCUUCAACCUGGACAAGCCCGAGCGCCAAUAUUUAUAACGCCUUUACGUGAUAUCGCCGUAGUCAGUGGACAAGCAGCGAAAUUCGAAUGUAUCGUACAAUCAGAACCGCCCCCGAAUAUUCUAUGGUCCAAAAACGGACGAAUUAUAGACAACUCGAAUGAUCACCAGUUACAUUACAGAAAUGGUGUUUGCCGUUUGACAAUCUCACAAGCGUAUCCAGAGGACGCAGGAACCUAUUCCUGCACUGCGACGAAUCCUGUGGGCACGGCAAAUACAACUGCAACUCUUCAAGUACCAGGUGAGCGCCGAUCCCAAUAUAUAAAAUAAGAUGGUGGUGGUCUAACAAAAUAGUUUUGUGCACUGCCAAUGUAUAAGCAGUUAUCUGUACGUACUUUUCAUUUCAAUUUUUCAAUUAUCGACUCCGAAGUGCCUUAUUGCUAUAACAAAUUUGUGACAUGAAUCACGUAGUGUUAGUUUUUCCCGCUUCAACGUUUCAGAUAUUUUAUUACGAAAAUACUAAGCUGUAUCAAAGUGUUUCUUGUUAUUUUAAUACAUUAAGGUUAAAGCCUUUAUCAAACUCAUUCUGGUCAUUAUGUACUAGUGUUUAGAGUAUAUGUGUAUAAAUUUAUAUUUGUUACUGACUUUUAUUAUUAUAUUUAUUUAUUUAUUGUGUCUGUUAUAUUGGAUAUUAAAGCUUUUCUGCAUUUA